GGCCCGGUGUUUACGGGGUCCUAUUCAAUAAUUUUGUUCUUGUUCUUACUUUGUUUUGUUUUGUUUUGUCAAUCUCGACUCUUGUUAAUGUUGUCGACUGUUAUCAGACAUUCGGAUACAUAAUUUCAUUAAUUAGUUCCAAUUUUCGUUUACAUUAAUAUCAUACGUUCAAUGACGUAUUUAUAAAUCUUAAGGUUUUGAUGAAAUGAUCAACUUAAAGUUAUCCACCAAUCGCCAAUUUUAUUAAGAUGAAAUGUGCUGUUUUAAAUUGCCAUAAAUGGUGGUUAUAAUAAUCCAGAUGACGUCACUUUCCACAGAUUCCCUUAUGGUGAAAUCACUUUCUGUAAAUGGGUAGUAGCCACAGGAAUAACAAGCUUUGCACCAACAGCAGUAUCAAAGAUUUGUUGUGCACACUUUGAUUGUGAUGCAGUAAUAGGUCUUUAGAACAAGUUGAAACCUAAUGCUGUGCCAAGAUUUUUUUUCCAAGUACUAGAAGUUCCUACGAAGUGAAGACGUUGAAGACGGUAGAUACUCAAAGAAAAAUAACGAAUCGUGGUGCUUUUAUUCCAAAUCAGAUUACAGACAAUUUAGGAGUAACGCAAGAAUUGCAGAAUGAACUAACAUAAAUUAAAUCUUUAAACUCUGGACCUCUUUUAGCAUUCCAGGCAUAUCAGACAAAUCAGUCUACUUCUACAUUGGUAAUCAAGAAUACUGUUGGAUUGAAUUACAAUUGGAGCAAUUAGGAAGUAAUUUGUGGCUAGUCUCGAUGGAAUCUGUAAAAUUGCAAGAAAAUCAAGAAACAAGAAAUAUAAUUCCAAUACCCGAUUCUUUAAAAAUUAACAACUUAUUGCAACACCCAACUACUCAAGUUCAAAGCCCUAUUCAACCUCGUGUACCUCCAAUAAAAUUGGUAGAUGUAAAGAAAUUACUUCAGAAUCCUCCAGAAGAAGAAUGGACUUUUAAACAGGAAAGUUUUCCAAAAAAACAAGACGUAGAAUCCCAACCCUCAAACAGAAAUGUUAGAAUGGUACAACAUUCUAAAACUCCAGUUUCCAAUACUUCCGAUUUGAAAGUGAAAUACAUCAACAGAAAUACACCUGAAGAUUCUUCAAGAGUCACAGUUUCUCAUGUACUUGAUUGUUUAAAAGUGAUCUUGCCAGGAAAGUUUGAUUUUUCUAGAUUGAUUCCAAAUGAAAAAGUGGCAGCUUUAGUAAUUCGUUAUUUGAAGCUUGAUGAUAAUGAUAACUCAAGGAAUAUAAUUAAAUAUAAUCUUAAGAUUAUAAUAGAUGCUGCAAAAACUAAAGAGAAAAGGCACAGUACUCAAGGUAAUCAUCCUUAUCUGAGUAUAAAAGAAUCUGAGUUGCAACUUGGAGUAAGUAAAAUUUUUCCUACUAAAUUUUCCAUGAAUGAUGUGUCAAAUGAACUUUUAAAUUGUUUAUGCAUUGUUCUGAAGGUAGAUGUUUUCUAUGAUACAUAUCACAUUCUCCGUGGUAUGAUUCGCAAAUUUACUUGUGAGGGACAGAAGUUAAGUGAAAUUAUUGGUGGACCCCAUGGCAGUUCUUUUUCUUAUAAACAGACCUUUGUUGAUGAGGAAUACAACCAAGUUAUGUCUUCAAGAAAUAAAGGUAUAUUUGUAAUGAAUAGGAGAAACAGUGAGAAGAGGUCAUAUAAUGUUCUAGUUCCAGUUGUAAAAGAAAAAAGAGAAAACUUAAAACCUCAAUAUAAAAACAAGAUAGCAAAGUAUGACGAAAAAGAUAUUUACUGUGCUGAUAUAAGAGUAGAAGAUGAUGAUGAUAUAAGCACUGACCCAACCUAUGAGAGUCCCUUAGAGAACAAAACAAAUGUAAAAGUCAAACCUAAAGAAAACUUUAAAUCAAAACAUGAAAAGAAGGUAGAAAAGUAUGAUGAAAAAGAUGAUUCGUGGGCAGAUAUAAGAGUAGAAGAUUAUGAUGAUGAUAAUGAUGAUGAUGAUAUAAGCAAUGACCCAACCUAUGAAAAUCCUCUAGAGAACAAGCCAAAAGAAAAAGUCAAACCUAAAGAAAACUUAAAACUUAAACUUAAAAACAAAAUUGCAAAGUAUAAGGAAAAAGACAUUUACUGGGCUGACAUAGGAGUAGAAGAAGAUGAUGAUGAUAUCACUGACCCAACCUAUGAAGAUCCUCUGGAGAGAAAGCCAAAAGAGAAAGUAAAACUUAAAGAACAGCCAGUUGAAAAGAAACAGAAGGAGGCAAUAGAUUUGCAAGUAAUGGUAAAAUACAUAGAAGAAAAUAAAUCCACAGCAGAUGAUGUGUUAAACAAUUUCAGACUUUUGUUCUAUCUUUGUAGGGCUUUGUCACAAAACUCAAAUAAAGGCCCCCGAUUACAAAAUGUUAAAGCAGCCUUAUGUUUCAUCAAAGAUAAUAAUAUUGAUGGUAGCACUGUGAAAUUCUAUGGAAACUUCAUCCAGAAUGAACAUACAAAAAUGCAUUGUCCUAAAAUACCACCUCAUCUGUAUGAUUGCAAAAAACUUAAAAUGAAGCCUGUUGUGUCACUCAAUGAUUUAGCUACUUACAGCUUAGAAGAUAUGCUUUUUAUGAGAGAAAACAAAACAUUCCACAAAUCCAAUGGGUAUUAUAGUCAAUGUGUUCAAACUGGUUUGGAGCAAAAUACUUUAACUGAAAAAUUUCCACCUGAUUAUGUUAAAAACUUAACAUGUGAAAGUUACAAAUUGUUCAGGAGGAUUGUUACAAAAAAAAUUGGACAUAAAGUAACAGCUGGAUUGAAAUAUGUUAAAUUAAAACCAGGAUCAAUUGUAUUUGCUAAGGAUUUUAGACAACUGUCUUUAGGAUGGGUGAAAGGAACUGUUAUCAAAUUGGAAGGGUCUCGUAGAUAUGUUGUACAGUUCAAUAAUGGAGAGACUUGGCGGUGUACUCCUGAACAACUAAGACCUUUUCCGGACUCUUUAUUAAGAACUCGUCGUCCUGUAAAACCAAAAAAAGUCUUUGAUAUGUAAAUAUGUGUUUGAAAUGUAGUUGUAGGCGUUGUCAUCUAUUCUCACUGUUUAAAACUUAUACAUGUGUUUAUUAGGAACUUAUUAUUGCAUAUUUGUGUGUUCAGUUUUUAAAUAUUCAAUAAAUAGUUACAUAUACAAUUUGUA